UUGUUGCAAAACCAACGGAACAAAACGAACGCACGGCCGGAUUAUUUCGGGAUUUCGAGUGUUUUUCGCGAAUCGUGUAAAAAAAACAACGCGUGUGCAAUUGUAAAUACAAAUAAAAGCAUUUUUCUAGUGUUUAAACCAGUUCUGAAGAGCUCGUUAAAAGAGAAUAUAAAACGAAUAAAAUAGCUUUAUUGUGUUCUAUCUUGUAUAUUCGAAAUCAAUAAAUAAAACUGGAAAACCAUUGACAACAGCAGCAGGAGCAGCAGCAUCAGCGAGAAAAAGAGGAAAAUGAAACCAAAGCAAAAGAAUUCAAUGGAGCCACUAUUUCCGGUCAACGGCAAAUUCGUAAUGCUCAGCGCCCUGCUAAUCGGAAUUCUGGUGGCCACCACCCAAGCCCAAGAUCAGAAAGCCGUAAAACCCUCGGCAGCAGCGCCAGCAUCGCCCACAUCCUUGGGCUCUCGGGAUGCUAUCUAUAUCGAUGAUGAUACCAUUGAGGGCUCCGGCGGACGUGGCGGAAUACACGAGGAUCUAGAGAAAGAUCCAGACUAUUCUGGCUCCGGCUUUGGACCCGAUGACGAGGACGCCGAACCCGACCAGCACUCGCACACUUCGCACAACACGCGCAUCUCGCAGAACAUUGGCGGCGGCAUAAACACAGCUCAUUUACCAACACAAACCUCAUCCACGACCUCAGCAACAACAACAUCAACAACUACGACAACAACCACCACAAAAACCCCGCCGACAUCCUCUACAACAACAACAACCGCAGCCAGUUCAACAACAUCCACAACACCAACGCCUCCCCCAGUCAGCAGGCCGAUAUUCCCUGCUUUCGAUAAGGAUCUCGAUUUGGCAGCUGGUAGCGGUGAUAAAAAUUAUGAUGACGACGACGAUGAUGAUAUUUUCGAUCAUGCCAUUGAUGAGGAUAUCGAGAAGGAGGUUGAUAUCGAUAUCGAUCCCCCAAUAUCGAAAACGCCAGUGCUUAGCGGUAACGCUCACGAAGAUGAUGAUGACAAUGACAAUGAUGAUGAUGAUGAUGACGAUGGCACCAUCGAUGUGGAUGGCGGCAACGAGGAGGAUGAGAAUGUGAAUGGCGGUGGUACUGGCAGGACCAGUACUGGUGGCAACGAUGGAGAUAUCCUUACAGAGCGCGGACCGGGCGGAGGUGAUAGCAACGUGCACGGGUUGGACCCCACUACGAACGUGAACAGCCAGCCCUCUGACACAAAGAACAACGACCACAGGAUCAACGGCAACGAGGUGGUCAUCAUGAGCGAGGACGAUCGCACGUCGAGCUUUUUCUCGCAGCCGGGCAUCCUGGCUGCUGUCAUUGGCGGUGCCGUUGUUGGCCUGCUCUGCGCCAUACUCGUGGUGAUGUUCAUUGUGUACCGCAUGAGGAAAAAGGACGAAGGAUCCUAUGCGCUGGACGAACCCAAGCGCUCGCCGGCCAACAAUUCAUAUGCGAAAAACGCGAACAAUCGCGAGUUUUACGCCUGAGAUAAUGGCACGGCGCGCAGGUAUUAAGUUGGCCACACGGCCAGGAGCGGGACCGAACUGCAAGGAGGACGAGGGCAAAAGGACGACUGGAUGAGGGCGGAGCAGCAGAGACGCGAGUGGAGGUAGAAGAGCGACGGUUUGGUUUGGGCUCAACUGAAUACACUGUGCGGAGUGGCAGUGCGACAACAUCAGCAGAACCACUGAAACAAGGAUAUUUAAUUGUCCGCAGCAGCAGCAGCAGGAGCAGCA